CACGUAUAAGAGCUAUUCAAACGUCUCUGUGUGCGACAGCACAGCGCAGUGUUCCUCUCUGUCACUCGCAGCUGCUGCUUUUCCCACCACAUUUCAUCUGCUCUAAACGAAGCACAAGACGAGUCACUAAAUUACUGUGCAGUGUGUUCCAGCUUCACUGUCUCUUUUUGUCUUUACACCUUUCCUCCUAAAUAAAGAUGCCUCACUCUAGUCGCAUGGACCCUUCCCACAAUCCCCUUCAGCAACAGCAGCAUCAAUCUCUCCAUGGUAACUCCAACAUGGGUGCCCCCGGUGGACCCAUGCACUCCCGCAACUCCUCCCAGAAUCCCCGGAUGCACACAGACAGCUUUGGGCUGGGGGGCCCCGGGGGACCCGGCGACGUUUCAGAGCCGGCCCUUGAUCUUCUCCCAGAGCUGACAAACCCAGAUGAGUUGCUGUCCUACUUGGGUCCUCCUGACCUUCCCAACAACAGUAACGAUGACCUGCUUGCUCUGUUUGAGAGCAACUGAGCCCCCCGUCCCGCUCAUUCAUCAGUCACACAUCGCCGUCCAACACACAGCCUCCCUAAACCCUCACACUCCCGACUCAUCGAGGGGAGCUUUGGGAAGCCUAGCAGAUAUCCGAUUACGUCUUUGCACUGUUUCCUCCUGAGACUGGAAUGCAGUGACUCAUGGGAAGGUGCAACGAAGAUCUUUCUUUUUUUUUUCUUCCUCCUGUGACAAUGUUACUGUUCGUCUGCUUCUCUGAACUCUGUCGAGAUUUUAUUGUGAAUUUCAGUUUGAAAGAGUUCCCGCUCUUCUCUCGAAUCAUUUGUAGAAAGAUGCCUCAUCUCACAUCAGACUCGUGUGGUGUAAAUGACAUUGUGUGGGGUGGGUCAUUGUUCGUUUUUUCAUUGCAGCUCCUGUUUUCAAUCUAAAUUAGAUGAGGAAUUCACUUCAGUGCUGAUCUAAAGUACUACACUUCAGAAAUAACACGGGGAAAGCCAAAGUGUCUCUGUUGUAACUUGAGAAAAACAAACGGAUGAACGUAAUUCUCUUAAUAAACAGGCAGACUUUAUUUCUUUAUUUUUAUUUCAGUUUUAUUUCUUCCUUUUUUUUGCCCAGAGAUGACCACAAACUAGCUCCAUGUGACGUAUCAUGGUUUUAAACCACAAAUGACUUGAUCUUAAGUGAACUUUAC